GGCAGUGGUGGUGAGUAGAUGGUUGUCAACAUCAGCUGGCCGGGUCAUCCUUUAUCCUGUUUAGUGUGAGUUACGGCAUUUUCCUGGGGGUUACGGUGUUGGACAAAAUGGACUACUCGAUAGCAGGAGGGAGGCAGCGUAAGUCUCGUGGUCGAAGAGUAGCAAGUGACAACCCAUCGUCAACUUUAGGUGGAGGAGACAUGCAAGAAAAUAUGUAUGAUCAGUACGGGCAACCUCGGCAACAACAGGCACCGCCCCAACUCUUUGAAGAUACAAGUGGGCAAAAUUAUGACUAUGGAAACCAAGGAUAUGGUGGCAUGAACUAUGGGUACCCACCUCCUGGACAACCAAACCAGGGGGCUAGUGGAGGCUAUGGAGCCUACCCAGGAGCUAUUCCAGGACCACAGAUAUUCCAAGACCCUCUGGUGGCUAAUAUGGCAAUGCAGUAUGGACAGUCUCUAGCUAGUCAGGGCCGGGAGUAUGUGGACAAAAAACUGGAGAAGUAUGUCAGCAUGAGUCAAGUCAAGUAUUAUUUUGCAGUGGAUACACCGUAUGUAAUGAAGAAACUCCGACUGCUCUUCUUUCCAUUUACACAUUCGGAUUGGAGUGUGCGGUAUGAGCAGGAUGAGCCGGUGCAGCCCCGUCAUGAGAUCAAUGCCCCUGACCUCUAUAUUCCCUUGAUGGCUGUAGUGACGUAUAUCUUAGUGGCUGGACUCUGCUUGGGACUACAGGAAAGAUUUUCACCUGAUGUGCUGGGCAUGCAGGCAAGUUCUGCUCUGGUGUGGCUGGUGCUGGAAAUAUUUGUUAUCUUUGCCACCCUGUAUGUAACAGCUAUACAGACACACAUCAAAUCAUUGGACCUAUUAGCAUUUUCCUCGUACAAAUAUGUUGGAAUGAUUGUUGCUCUGUUGGCUGGGUUAGUGAUGCAAAGUUUGGGUUAUUACUGUGUUCUCGCAUACUCCAGCUUUAGCCUCGUUGUUUUCAUGUUCCGAACACUACGGUGGCAAGUUCAAGGUGGUGCAGCGAUGGAGGCAUACAGUGCAGGCAACAAGCGACGUCUCUAUUUGCUGCUCUUCAUGUCAGGUCUUCAACCUCUAAUGAUGUGGUGGCUUACAAAACAUUUGGUUGCAGUCUGAAAUUCUACAGUACUGCAUAGUACAUAGAUGGCCUUCAACAGAAGAUCAAUGUUACUUUAAUUAUUAAACACAGUAAAUGGUAUUUUAUCAGAUAUUUUUGAGAUUUCCUUGCAUAAUUCAUGGGUGUUAAGAGGCUUAUCAGUUAUAGCUUAAUAAGAACACAAAAUUUGGCAAACAAAGGAUAAUGUUGCUAAAUUAUUUUUAAAUAUAAAUUGGCUUCACUCACUCAUUCCUCACUGUAAUUGAGGGAUAAUUUAAAAAAAAAAAAAAAAAGCUUGUUUAUAGUGAAACCAUUUAGAGCAAACCUAAUUUUUAUUAUUAUUAUUAUUAUUAUUAUUAUUAGGGAUUGCUUUCCUGAUUAUAUAUUCUCACUAAGGAAGUUAUAGAGAAAAAAGUAAUAAAUUUAAUGAAUCUAAAACUAAAGUACACAUAUGCAAGUAACACCAGGACUCACCAAGGACAUGUAUAGGCCUAGGUUAUCCAUAUCCAUUCAGUUUACUGUACAUUACUAAGAUAUGCUGGUGUAGGGUGAAUGCUGAACUCUACAUUUCUCACUCAGCUUCUUAUCCUCUCUGAUAGUGAAGUUGACUGAGCUUUUAAUCUAGUCUGCAUUUGUCCAUGUUGAGUGUACAUCUGACCAACUAAUGUUAAGCACAUGAUCUAGUGCUGAGGUUCCCACACCACUUUCAAGUCAUCAGAGUAUGCGCAACUUGGUUUUCUAAGUUAAGGUCUUAGAUUUCUUGAUGGGGAUAUCCUUGAAUUGUAGAAGCACUUUAUGAGUUGUGGUGGUACCAUAAUCCUAAAUGACUGGGGUGCAUGAACAAAGGAGAAAGAGAUUGGAAGGUUAUUUUAAAUUGUAAACACUAUGUAUGUCCCAGUGAGAGUUAGGCUGUGCAUCCUGAAUCAAUGCGAGACUUGCAGUCCCAGGCAUCUCAGCAGCUGGGACUCCAAAAUGGCUUGGUGCAAUUACCAUGUUCAUGUGCAAACCACAACUUGUACUUAUAAAAUUUUGGUGGUAAAAGUUACAUCGUUCACCUGCAAAUUGGAUUGAAUCAACAUUGUUUAAAGGGAGGAAUGGAUGCAGAAUGGCCCAGGUUAAACUCAUUUGAAGUAUGUGAUGAUAACUGUAACCUGGUUGUAAUUUAAAUACAUAACAGUAAACCUCAGAUUUCUGUUAACUCCUAGUUUUCAAUUUGAAUGUGCCUGUGCAAUGAUGAACCAAUUGAGUUCAUUAUUUGCCAUUCUGCCCUACCAUUUCCUCUACUGCAUUUUUAAAAAUUUAUGCUUUACUGUGAAAUUUUUUAUGACUGCGGGAUAUUUUGCAGUGAAUUUAAAAACUUGCUUACAAAGUCUUGCCUUAGACAUGUUGCAAAUAUUCAUAUGUUAUCUGCAAGAUUGUUACUUAACCAUUAUAUAUUUUUUAUGCUGGGUUGGGUGUGUAUGUCUGUGAUACCAUCACUUACUCUGAAAUUCUAUAAUCCAGAAUAUUUGAUAUAAUGAAAUGAGAAGUUGACAAAAAUGUAAAAGUGACAACUGGGGAAUUUGUGAUUGAAAUGAUUUGUCCCAAGACAUGUAAAUUUUGGCCAAUUUUAACCUUUAUCAAAGGUUACCCUGGCCAUUGUGUUAACUAAAUAUUCUGGGUAACAGAAUCUCUGAUGUAAGAGGUACUACAUAAAUUACAAUAAAGAAAAGGCUAGUAAAGUAAAAUAUGAGAAAGUAAUAAAUUCUAGAACCAAUUCCAAAGUUCUUAGCACAUGUAAAUGCAUUGGUUCAUGAACAUUAAAAUCUCACUUGUCUUGCUCUGUUUUUGUUUUGUUAUUUUUCUUCAAUGCAGAUCCAGAUUAGAUCUUGGCCCAUUCCUUCUUUCACUUCUGCAUCUCCAUAUUUCUCAUUCUCUGCAUUCUAUUUACCCCAUGCAUUGCUUUUAAGCUUAUUAUUUCUGUUGCUUCUAAUUUGCUCCUUCCCUUUGCAUUUAGGGUCGUUAUUUCACACCAGUAUAAUAAUAUCAGCUCAAAAGUUCCCCAGUACAUCCCUAUCUUUUCCUCCAUUCACAUGGCUCUCUGUUUUUAUAUAUUGUAUAUAUAUACUGUACAGUAUAUAAUAUGAUUUUAGGGGAAGGGUGUGCUGCUGAUGUAUGUGAAGUGAUGGCACACCAGAUUUAGGCUCUUGUUGUGAUGGGGAAAUACAAUUGGUCAACACAACUUUACAACUACGAAUAAAGGAAGGUCAGUUAAUGGAGGGAAGAUGUGCCGUGUAUGAGUUCCUUUCUGUCUACCUUGAAUUAUAAGCAGGAAAAGGCCUGGCUUGAAAGUGUGUAUGCAUACAUUUCUUUAUUUGUCGUGGGAAUAUAAAGAGCCAUAGCUUUUCUAUAUUUAAAAUAAAAAUAUUGUGAAACGGUAAUACAGUAUUGUAUAUUAUCAUUUAAUAAAACCUAAUAUACUGUAUGUAUAUGGAAUAUUUCAGUGUAGAAGUCAAUGUUCCCAACUGCUAUUUUUAUUUAUUAAAUUUUUUUCACUGAAAUUGUACUGUCAAAACAGUGGAAAGCCAGAUUGUGUAAUUUAAAUUUUAAUGCAUCUUGCCCUCCAUACAUUUUUACUACUUAGUUUAUUUUUAUUUAAAGGGAAAGGCAACUUCAGAUGUUAACUAUUUUUGUGUAACAGAAUUAUAACCUUUAAAUACAAAGAGGAGGUUGUCUGACAUCCCAGGCUGUUACUUCACUUUCUUUCUGCAUAGAAUAGUGACAAGAAAGAAUGUAUUUAUGUGCAUGCGUAUGUGCAUUUUUUUUCCAGAGUUGAGGUAAUACCUCGAGUGAGGAUAUGUGUAGUUGCUCGUAAAAAUCCCCAUAAAUACUUAUUAGUGUACUUAUGCUUUAGUACAGUACAGUGUAUUACUAUUACUUUUUUCUUCUUCUGCAGAGCCUUAUACAGGAGUAUUUGCUAUGAUGUAUAAACUGUCAAGCAUAAUAGUGACACUUAAAUAGAGAUCUGACACCCAACAAGAACAAACAGCAGCAUUUGUAAUGCUCUAAGUCAGGGGUUCUCAACCAGGGGGGAAUUUCCCCCCCUCAGGUUUUCAGGGGGGGGGGGGAAACUGAUACUAAUAUGGAAAAAAUAAAGGAUUUUCAGUAUUAUAUGCAAUUAUUUGGAAUGCACUUUUUUGAGGCAGACAAUCUUGGAAAGGAGGGGGGAAUGACAUUCUGACAUAUGGUGAAAGGGGUGCAUGGGGCAAACAAGGUUGAGGACCACUGCUCUAAGUAUUGUACAACAAACACCGAGAUUGUACAUCUGUGGUCCCGAAAGUUUACACUUGUCACUGCGAUUAUUGACUACAGUACAGGUUUAUAAAAAUAAUUGCAACAACCUUAACAAAAUUAACACAAAUAAAAUAUGACUAUAAAUUAAGAUACAGUUUGUUAUUUUUAUGCAUGAUCAAUUUCUUUUAAAAAUGGUAAAAAAAAAUAUAUAUAUAUUUUUUAUACAUUCAGAGAACAAAGUUUCAGUGCCCUGAGUAAGUCAGAUACUGUAUUGACUGUUUUUAUACUGUAUAUGCCUACCAUGUAUCAUUAAUGCUUUAGUAAAUAAAUUGCUCACUUUUA